UUUCACCCGCAUCAGGUUGCUAAUUGAUUGCCGGAUUUCAGGUUCCUUUCGACUCCGACCUUCGAAUCGCAGCAUCGAAUCGCCUUCGGUUCCAUUCGAGCAUUCAUGGUUCCCCAUUAAUGGAGGCAGGUCGGUUGGAAUUGUCGCUCGGACGCUACAAAAACGAGGGAUGGAAUGGCAAUGCGGCUCGGGACAUGACGGCGAUGGUUGGAUGUGGGGGAGGUGAAAGUCCAAAGCCAGACCCGAUGCCCACCACCAGCUCAGUGACUGAGUGACGACGACGACGACGACUUCUUUAGUCGCGUUUCUGUACGAAUUAGAUAAUAGCUCACUUAUAGAGAGAGAGUGUGUAAAUAAAAGCUCGGAUUUUUGAGUUAAAAAUAAGACGAGACGUUCGCACUCAGCCAUGGGACUUGGUCGUCUAUCUUCUUCUUCGUCGUCAUCAAGGUCCUCAAUUCUCAUUCCAACCCUAAUUAGCAACAAUCGCCGGGGCAAUUCAGUAGCAGCUGCAUCCUCCGCCUUGGCCUUACGGCUCUGCUAGGUUGAGCGAUUUCGUUGGAGCCGUCACGAGGGGCGACGGGUCGGAGAAAAUCGAGACCUGCUUGAUUUUUUUUGGUUGCGGUUUCGUCCCGAAGGAGGGAAUUUUGGGGGCGGGGGUGUGUUUGUAGGAGGAGGGUUCCUGUGGAGGGAGGGAAAUGGAGGGGAAUUCGGGUGGAGGAGGAGGAGGAGGAGGAGGAGGCGUUGGAGGAGGAGGGAACGACGUGGAAUUGAUGUGCAAGACGCUGCAAGUGGAGCACAAGCUCUUCUACUUCGAUCUGAAGGAGAACCCUCGCGGCCGCUACCUCAAGAUCUCCGAGAAGACCUCGGCCACGCGGUCCACCAUCAUCGUGCCCUUCUCUGGCAUCUCCUGGUUCCUGGAUCUCUUCAAUUACUACGUCAAUACCGACGAUCAGGAGGCUUCCAGCAAGGAAUUGCAGCUCGACACCAAGGUGUUCUACUUUGAUGUUGGCGAGAAUCGGCGGGGCCGGUUUUUGAAGGUGUCUGAAGCUUCAGUCAGUAGAAACCGGAGCACUAUCAUUGUACCUGCAGGUAGCACCCGCGAUGAAGGUUGGGCAGCUUUCAGAAAUAUCCUGGCCGAGAUUAAUGAAGCAUCAACACUUUUCAUACUUCCCAACCAGCAGCAAAGUUCCGAGGCUACAGGAAGUGUUGUCGGGUUUUCAGAUGAUGUAGGUGCAGGCUUCAUAUCUGGUCAUAGUGGCCAAUCUGCCCCAGCUUGUUCUGAUUUGAAUGUGGACAGAUCGGCGGAAUUGCCAGCACAGGAUGAAAUUGGUAACAUGGGAGUAUCCAAGGUAAUUAGAGUUGACCAGAAGAAGUUUUUCUUUGAUCUAGGGAGCAACAACAGAGGUCAUUUCCUGAGGAUAUCUGAGGUUGCGGGCUCCGACAGGUCCUCCAUCAUUCUCCCACUUGCAGGUUUGAAGCAGUUCCACGAAAUAUUAGGUCACUUCGUGGAAAUUACAAAGGACCGACUCGAAGGGAUGACAGGUGCAAUUGUGCGAACAGUGGACCCCCUGCAAAGAUGAAUGUUCUAAACCUGUAGGGUUGAGCGAAGAGUGAAAUCAUUAUGUGAAGGGGUAUCCUCAAGCUGCAAAGAAGUGCUUUUCUAGGGUGUGCUGAUCCUCUUUUGUUAUUAAUUUUUUUUCUUGAUUCUGUCAUGAAGGAUGAGAAUAAUCUGAUUUAUGUGUUUGAUCAACAAUAAAUUGGGGGGUGGAUAGCAGAAAUAACAGGAUGGAAGUGUGAUCGUGUGGGACGGAGAAUUCAUUAAUAAUAUUCGUUGCAGAUGUGUUUUACUCUUCUC